AUGGACGUCGAGGUGAAGCAGCAGCAGGCGCUUAUGCUCUCGCUGCGCGUCUUCGCCGUGCGCGUGCUGUGCGCGUCCUCCGAGACGCAGGACAGCGCCCAAUGGCACGACGAAGCGUGGCGACGCGGCCUGGUGCCCAUUUUCCAGCAAUUGUGCCUGUGCAUGACGCGUCUGGACGCUCUCGAGGCCCAAGAGAGGAAGAAAAUGGGCCCGCAGACGCCCCGACAGGCGGAGAAGCCCAAGGCGCCCGCGGGUCUGCUGAGUCUGCGUGACUAUUCCGUGCUGCAGGCGGCAGUGGAGCUGCUCUUCUGCUGGGGCGCGUACCCUCGCGUGGCUGCUGGAGUGUUGAUGCCCAUCGAGAAGAGGAAGCCUACACGCACGCUGGAGAUUUCCAAGGACGUGCUGAUGUGGGGCUAUCGCGGAUAUACCAGACUCUUGGGUAUCACGCAGGCGUUGUUGCAGCUGCUGUCGCUGCCGCAGUUUCAGCCGAUUCUGCUGCCCAAGUACGUGAUGGAGUUGCUAGCUCUGCUUGUGUACGGAGAGGUGGCGAUGGAUACAGAGACGCCGAGGCCUGUGCAGACGGAGUUCAUUCGACUGAGAGAGAUGGUGCUGCGUGUGCUGCCGCUGAGGAUGAGCAUGAGUAGUCUGCGUGCAGCUCUGGGGCAGGCUACCCCUGCUGCGAGUGAACAGGCUGUCGGUCAACGGUUCAAGGCGCGGUGUGGGAACUUGUUGUCACGCUUGUUAAUGGAGGAUGGAGGCAUCGUCGCUACAAUUGAGAUGUUGCUUGGGGCUGUGGAGGAGGGAAACACGCAAGCGAGAAUGCAGGUGGCCACUCUCAUCUGCCAGUGCCCCAGCGGUGAAGACCCCGAGAAAUAUGCGAGGGCUCUGUGCGCACAGGUUCGCGAGUUGUUACUGGCAGCGGUGACACUUGAAAAGGGAAGCACUACCAGCAAGCUGCUUGGUGAAAUGGCAGCACUGCUAGCGGAUCAGCUCGCGACACGCCACCCAGCACUAUUCGACACGCAGAUCUUGUCGAAGCUGUUCCACCCGUUGUUGAUUUAUGAGGAUAGUCGGCUGGAUGCUGCUACUCCGCCCGGAGAGACAAAUGAGGCUGCGUUGACGCACUGUGUGGAGAUUGCGCGACUGCUCCUGUGCGGCCCACCACCUUCGCAGCGCUUCCUGCAGGCCGUUGCUCCAUUAGUGCGCCCCCUCCUCCAUAUGUAUGCCUUCGCGGCAACAAGCAAGAGUUUUCUGGCCACACCGCUGCGUGCGCUUCUUACUGCGUGGAUCAGAUCGUGCUCGAGUGCGUCCUUGCUAUUACAAGUGGCCGUGCUACCCGUGGCAUUGCCACUUCAGCCUACGCUGACAGCGUGUGGGUACCAAAGAAAGUAUGCUCAAGAAUCGUGGAGGCCACUACGGCAGUUUUGUGCUGGAGGUGGUGGUGGGAUUUCGCUUCGUCUUGUCCAACCGUCUACUUUAUCGAUAGAUGAAGAAGAUGUCACCGACUCAUUGAAAAUGCUGAUAAUGCCGCUGGUGGAGCUCCUGGGCGACAAGGAGCUGGAAAGCUCGGAAGUGGUGGGCGACCUUUUCUCGUCCCUCCUGCUAACAUACAUGCAACCUAUGAAAAGUCCGUCAAGUGCGGAAAGUGUUGAAAUGGUACUCACACUGCUGCUGGCGCUUAUUGAGUGCUUAGGACCAUCUGUGCUGCGCAGUGCCGCUACAGUAUUGCAGUGUAUUGGAACAGUAUUAGAAACGUACAACACGCCUGCUACGAAGCUCAUCCUGACAAUUUGCCUGGGUGUGGUAAUGACCAUUCUGGAAGCUGGAUCCUCUCGUCGUAGUGAUUCGGAGGAGCAACAGCUCCGUGCGAUGCUACCCGUGUUGGAAGUGCUGUCGCGUCACCCGCGACCCGAAGUUGCUGAACUGUCGAGUAAUGCGCGUGCCCAGAUUUUAAGUCGUGGCGCCUUUGAAGGAGUGCUUCGCGAAGCUGAACAAGAUCUCUCAAGCGAGUUGGUACCACUACGCGCGCGUGGUGUUGUCACGCUGACAAAGCUAGUGCGACGGAGUCAUGCUCAUGCGCACGAUGCAGAGUGGACACCUCGGGUGCAUGCCUUAGCUCGCGUCUUUCUUCUUCAUCUGUACGACUCCGAGAGCUACGUCUUUCUUGCAGCCGUACAGGGUCUGGCUGCGUUGGCAGAUGCUCACCCCGAUGUUGCUAUCCCCGCGUUGGUGAAGGCCCUGCUCGAUUCCAGCAACUCACUCGAGUCUCGUAUCAAACUUAGCGAGGCGCUAUUGUUCUCAGCAAAGCGCUGCGGCGAGACUCUCCCCAAGUACGGCAAGCUGUUCGUCUAUGCGUACUUGGACUGCAUCCGCCCGCCUCCCUCGCAGAGAAAGCGUGUGGAGCGCAUGCAACAAGAAACGAGCAAGCGGAUCCAGCUCAUCCAGGAGGUUGAAAACCCGGCCACGAAGACACAAGAAGCAGCACAGCCAGCCAACGAGCCCGAGAGUGGUGAGCAGGAACUUCUUGCGGCCGCUACCCUCAGAGCAAGCUGUCUGUCCAAUCUUGCCGAGGUGUGCGCACUUUUGCAGUGGGGGCUCCAGCCGUUCCUGCUUGAUGUUAUGACCUGCGUCUUUGGCGUACUUCAAAUGGAGCUCGAGCUUGCAGCCAAGCCCCGACCGGCCACCCACGAUGCGACAGAGACGGAAGAGCAGCAAAAACUGCGGCAGCACCAAGAAGAAGAGCAACAGCAGCGCGUGGUGGCCGUGCGUCGCGGCGCCGUAUUCGUUCUGCGGUACCUCGUGGAGCUGCUUGGGUGGAAGAUGCUGGAGCUCAUGCCGGACCAGCUCUCGCCGCUGUACCACACGCUCAAGCACGUGGCGCGCGUCGACCGGGACCGCGUGGUGGUGUUUCACGCGAGCCGGGCGCUGGGCGCGCUGGACGAGGUCAUGCGCACUGAGCUGUUCCCGCGCGUGGAGCAGCAAGACGCGGCGUUCGGCAUCUCGAGCUUACGCAUUCUUUAG